CGUCGCCUUGACCCUCCUUUUGCUCUCUGGCGCACGACGCACACGUGACUGCGAGGCACGCCAGGGCAGGCGCCAGUUGCCCACCGUCUAUAUCACAGCGCUGCGCUCUCGAUCAUCAAUAAUGGGUAAGAAAAGCCGGAGGGUGCGAGGUGCUGGUGCUACGCCUGCGAGCAAACCGAAAUAUGUGCAAGUGAACACACUCGUUGCAUGGAUGGACGGAGACACAAAAAAACAAACUCUAGGUCUGGAUAUGGCACGUGGCAAGACUAUCAGAGACGUGAAGGUCAAGCUCGAGGCAUCGACGGGCGUGCCCGUCGCUAGGCAGGCCCUCACUCGACAGGACAAACUGUUGGGUGGUGAGAUAGAGGUGCCUGAUCACGUGACUGUCGACGAGUACAUUGAAUCAGGCGCAAACAAGGAACCAUUCAUAAUGCGCGAGCGAGAGAAGAAGCGGGCGGGCCGCCAGCUGCCCAUGCACGACGUGCCACCCCCAAAGCCGCUCUCCGCCUACGAGCUCUUCACGACGGCUAUACGGGCGCAAACAUCGCGCGCGGCCGUGAAAUAUGACGCGGCAACUCUCGCCGCCCAAUUUGAAGCUAUGCCCGACGCCUUCAAGAUCCGCUGGCACGACGGUGCUACGAAGGAGCAGGCCUUGUACGCGUGCCACCGCCGCAUCUGUUCGAUGUCCGGAGAAUUAUUAGUAGGCCAGUUCUUCCGCGACGCCCGCGAGGGCGGCCGCGGCCUCGGGCGCGUCCUGUCCAUACUCGAAAUGAACCCAGAGCUUGAUGUGGACGCGCUGGCGUACCACGUCGUCUUCGACGACAUGAAGCUGGGCGGCGAAACGCUGUCGCUCCGCGAGCUCCGCUGGCGGAUCUGCGGUGAUGCCCGCGCAGCGAGGCGCGCGGCAAAGCGGAGCUACGUCGUGGCUGAUGCGGAGAACUGGAGGACCCGCCACGAGGAUAUGUCUCGGGACGAGCGGGAAAUUCCCCGUAUGUCGUCCGUCGCCGGCGGGAGGCCUAUAUCACCGGCUGAUAUGGAUAGGCUUAACGAGGCGACGGCGUCGAUCCGACAGGAGUUAGAAAUUACAUACCCCGAUGUCAGAAAGGCUUUUCAAGAGUAUUCGAACAUGAUAAUACUCCCGCGCUUUAGGGCCGCGGGCCUUCUGGGUGCGUUAAAGGCCAUCGAAAAUUGGCCCCGCUUCCGGCCUUACUGGCAUAGGGUCCGACGACGCGUCUGUGCCCACUGUUUCAAGCGAGCCGACCUUUCGGAGCCGCGCUACCUCGUCUGUAGCGGGUGUGGCGAGGCGCGUUACUGUUCUGAGGCGUGCCAGCGCGCGCAUUGGGCCGAGCACCAGAAGAAGUGCCCCGCGGGGCGCCACGUUUUGUACACAUUUCACUAAGACUAUCACAAUGUUA